AAUUAGUAUUGAAAUUGUCUACGGAGGUAUUCUAUCUGAUGAAGAUAUGGAUAAAUUUAAGAAAAUAUAGAUAAUUUAAUUUUAGAGGAGAUAAGUGGUACAUAAGAAAAUGAAAGCAAUGGAGAGAUUAGUGUGUUAUGUAGUGAUUUGCAGAAAGCCUAUAUAAAUGAUGGAAGCUAGGGUACAAUCUAUGGGGAGUAUAAAUUGAAUACUUUUAUUCGAAAGAAGGAAUUUGGUAUUUAUUACUUCCAUUUAUAUGAAUAGCCUUAUUGGACAAGAUUAGAAGGGUACCACCCUAAUGUCCUGAGCACUAGAAUUUAAAAAAGGAUAAAACAGAAAAUUUUUUGUUCUAAUCGGCCUUGAAAUUCCUUAUGAAAAUUAAAAUACUUGAAGAAAUCCAUGAAACCCAUAU